CUAGCUUUCAUUUCCCUCUUUUCAAAUUGUAUACACAUAUUUUAUUUUUACCUUGCGCAUCAUGAAUUACAACAACAGCAACACACCGGGCGAGCACUUUUGCGAGUCUAAAGACAUUGGCGAGUUUGUGUCUGUGCGAAUAGACAACCUGUGGGGCAAGGGCGAGCGCAAGCCCACCAUCCUCGGGCGGUACAACUUAGAAGAGCGCCUCCAACUCAACGGUAUGAGCAUCAAUAUCAUGGACAAUGCGGAUACCAAUGCCCAUGCUAUUCCCAGAGAAGAUGAAAAAAACAGCGCGCCAUUGCUCUUUAUCACAGUUCAGCUCGAGAGCUCGGGCAUUCCAUUAUCACUACCUCUGCAAACAAAGUACCAUUAUAUGGCCGAAAAAUAUGAAUGGCACGAGUGGAUUCGAUUUCCGGCAAAGUACUCGGAGCUCGCGCUCGAUGCACGCAUCUUACUGACGCUCUGGGAGAUGAAGGGGCUAUGGAAGGUUGACAAGCUGGGCUCGUGCAGCAUCAAUCUUUUCCAACCCGAUAACGAGCUCAUCCAAGGAAAGCGCCGCCUGUGCUUGACCGCAGAAACACAGAGGACUAGUGCAAAUGAUAAACCUGUUGAGACAAACGAGGCGCUGCAGUACGACCGCUUGUUUGAAGCCACGCGUAGAUACGAGGACGGCGACAUCGAGCAUGUCGACUGGCUGGAUGCGCUGGCAAUGGAGCGCGUGGCCCAAAUCGAGGCCCAGGAACGGAUAAGGACCAACGACCUCUACAUCCACAUCACGUUCCCAAAGUUUGAUUUUGCUGUUGUCUUUGGAGAGACCAAGCUUGAUGACCCACUGGUGAUACAGCCUCAGGAUCCAAAGUACUGCCUGGUCUUUGACCCAGAGAUGUACCGCGACAACCCUGCCGAGAGCAAGCACCGCCGCUUACUGCGUGGAUACCGAAGCGGGUCACUGGACCGCGAGCUGAAGCCCAACGCAACAAUUAGGGACCAACUCAACUCAAUCCUGCGAUACCCACCCGGUCAAGAGUUGACAGAUAACGAGAAGAAUUUGGUGUGGAAGUUCCGGUUCUAUCUGUCUUCAAACAAGCGAGCGCUUACAAAGUUUGUCAAGUGUGUCGAGUGGAGCGACCCUAUUGAAGCCAAGCAGGCAACGACGCUGCUGUCGGAAUGGGCCGAGGUGUCCAUAGAUGACGCACUGGAGCUUUUGAGCACGGACUUUACCACCCAGUCGGUGCGCAGCUAUGCCGUGUCUCAGCUGCGAAAGGCCAAGGACGAUGAGCUCAUCAUGUAUUUGCUGCAGCUUGUUCAAGCCAUAAAAUUCGAGUACUUGAACUCUACCAUGGCGCAGGGCGCCGAGACAUCCCCAGUCGUGUCAGCCAAUGCGGCUGAAUCCAGCCUUGUUGGGUUUCUGAUUGAGCGCGCGCUGAAGAAUCGCACGCUGGGCAACUUCUUCUAUUGGUACCUGAUGGUCGAGUGCGAUGACCGCAAGACAGGCAAAGCAUACGGCAAGGUGGUAUUCCAGUACGUCAAUGCGUUGUCGGAGAUGAACGACGGUGCCGAUAUGCAGUCCAUGUUUGAGCGCCAGAGAAAGUUGGUAUCGGAUCUAGCGCGCAUCUCCACUGAGGUGCAGGCGCUCAAGGAGUCGCGACAACGCAAGAUUGAGUGGCUGCGCUCGUAUCUGGCUGACAGCAAAAACAACCUCGUGUCGUUUCCGCCAUUACCUCUCCCGCUCGACCCAAGCGUCGAGGUGGUGGGAAUCCAGGCCGACAAGGCGUCGCACGAUGAUGCCGCUUUCCUCCACUUUGUCAAGUCUGAUGGUGACUUGUACCCAGUCAUUUUCAAGGCCGGCGAUGACAUGCGACAGGACCAGCUGGUCGUCCAAAUCAUCACACUCAUGGAUCGGCUUCUGCGCAACGAGAGCCUAGACUUGAGGCUGACGCCCUACCACGUGCUGGCCACUCGGGUUGACCAAGGGUUUUCGCAGUUCAUUCCGUCGCAGUCGCUGGCUGCUAUUCUUGCUGAGAACAACAACAGUAUUCUGGCGUAUCUUCGCAAUACUAGCCCCGAUCCAGAGGGAACCUAUGGCGUGGCUGCUGACGUGAUGGAGACAUACGUAAAGAGUUGUGCCGGCUACUGUGUAAUCACAUAUCUGCUGGGCGUCGGAGACCGGCAUCUGGAUAACCUGCUGCUGACUCCACAGGGCCACAUGUUUCAUGUCGACUAUGGAUACAUCUGGGCCCCCUUCCCGCCGCCCAUGAAGCUGUGCAAGGAGAUGGUAGAGGCAAUGGGCGGCAUGGAAUCGCUCAUGUAUCAGAGAUUUAAGUCGCACUGCUUUGUGGCGUUUAGCAUCCUGCGCAAGUCCUCUAAUCUUAUCCUCAACCUAUUCUCGCUGAUGGUCCACUCGAAUAUCCCUGACAUCGCGGUCGCCCCGGACCAGGUCGUGGCUAUGGUGCAGGAUAAAUUCCGCCUGGAUCUAUCCGAGGAAGAGGCAAUGCGCUAUUUCCAAACCCUGAUCAGCGAUAGCGUGCGGGCGCUGUUCCCGCAGGUCAUCGAGACCAUCCACAAAUGGGCCCAGUACUGGCGAAACUAAGAGGGCUAGCAAAGGCAGAAUUUCAUUGCUUUUUUGUUUAAUGCU